GACGGACAUGGCAGCUGUUAUAAACCAGCAGCAGCUCUCCUGCUCACUGUGAGUCCACCUUCCUUCUUCCUCUGGUCUGAAACGGUGAAAAUCCUCCAUGUUGUUGCUUCAGGCAACCCCUCGCUGCCUCGUAGGUUCUUAUCUUCGGUUUAGCCUGUGGUACCUUGAUCUUUGAUGUCGACGUUACGGUGUUGACGCGGCGGCGGAAGCGACGGGGGAACCAGAAGUGUCAUAUUAAAAGUCAACCAUAAGCAGGCAUCAGGGACAGGGGUGGUACUGGAUUCCUCACCGCCGUUAUUUCGGCCGCCACCAGCUCCAGCUCCCUUUCAUCAAUGCCUCGAUGGAAAGGUUUCUUAGGUCAGCACCUGCGAUGGUCCAGCUCUGUGACCCGAGCCCUCGGCCUGCUUGUCGUCACGUUCUGCGUCGUCCUUCCCCUCUGCUGCCACCGGCUGCUCUACUCCUACUACUUCUUCCGGUUCAUGUACCUAAACUCCAUGAGCGAUGAAGUCCUCCGGGAGAGUCUGGAGCGAGGCCAGGAGGCGCUCCACUUCUGGCAGAACAGCUCCCCGCUGGAGUCGGCCCGAUUCAGCGACGUAGCCCAAAACCCAGAGCUGCUGGUGACUGUGGUGACGGCCAGGCGGAGCGAGGCGCGGGACUUCCACUACCUGCUCCAGGUGAUGCGGCAGCUGAGCAUCACCGCGGGCGGCUGCGGGGGGCGGCGCUGCGCCGAGGUUGUGCUCUGCGACGUGGAGCGCGGCCCCCAGGAGAACCAGGACGCCAAGCUGCUGGAGGCCCACUUCAGGGUGAUGCGGCGUUCGGCUCGGGAGCAGCAGGCCGACGGGGAACAGAUCAACAUCUUCGAGCGGGAGAAGAGGGACUACGUGUUCUGUCUCCGCCAGGGGUGGGAGCUGGCCAAGCCCAAGAACAUGAUCAUCCUGGAGGACGACGCCCUUCCCAGGCAGGACUUUUUCAGGGUGGUGAAGGAUCUGCUGUCUCGUCGCUUCGCCCUCCGCACGCUUUACAUCAAGCUGUAUCACCCCGAGAGGCUGCAGCGCUACUGGAACCCCGAGCCGUACCGCCUCCUGGAGUGGGUGGGGCUCGGUCUGGUGGCCGCCACAGCCCUCCUCCUCACCGUCCCGUACUGGAACCUGUGCUCCUUCCCCUUCACUCUGUCGGCCAGCCAUCUCCUCUUCUUCACCCUCUACUUCAUGGCGGCCGCCGAGCUGAUAGGCAGACACUACCUCUUGGAGGUUCGGAGAAUGUCGCCGCAGCUCUACGCUGUCUCCCCGGCCACCGAGUGCUGCACCCCGGCCAUGCUUUUUCCAGGCAACGCCUCGCUGAGGGUGGCCGAUUUCCUGGACGCCUCCUUCUGCUACAAAGGGAACGCCAAGGAUACGGUUCUCUAUCAGAUUGCCAGGAGCACUCCCGGAGAAAGGUCCCACAGUGUGGAACCCAACCUCGUCACUCACAUCGGGGCCUAUUCCUCAGUCAGGCCCAACCCACUCAGGCCCAAACUCCUCUGAAAUAAUCUGGGGGGAGGGAAGCAGGCGCCGCCUCUCCUGGGUUUAUGUUUUCCUGCCAAAUCUAGGAAGGACGCGGCGAUGGUGGGCUGACUGUUCAGAUGUGCAGGUUGGAGUUUUGCAGGGACUCGUUUCACUUUCACUCAUUUACACCAGAGGUGCACUUUCACUUGGAGCUGCCUCCACCAGUUUUGGUCUUUUGAGCCUGGUUUAAAGCCUUUGAAACCAGAAUAAGUUAGUUUCAGGUGUUUUGGUUUGGGGGAAAAAGCUGCCUGACACAUAGGAUACAGUAUAAGUCAAUGGGGAUGGCUUUAAUGGCUUUCUAUUGAAAAACAUGAUAAAGAUGAUUAGCUUUUCA